AAGAAAAUUGCAAAAGAAUAUACCUUUCCUCUGCUCUGCAAAUAUCCCUCUUCUUCCUCCUUUGCCUCUCUCUCUCUCUCUCUCUCUCUCUCUCUCUCUUCAGCUUUUUCGCAGUCGUUUCCUUUUCUUCUCUCCGCCUAACCCACGCAGUCCCGUGACCAGCAGCUUUUCAGUCCUUAUCGCUUCGUCUUUGCCUUCCCUUUUUCUUACAUCGUCUCCGUCUCUUCCUUCUCUCCGUGUGUGUUCGCGAUCAUGGAGUGGGUCCACGAGCUGUUCGCGACGGCAGUUCUCGCCGUCCUUUUCUCCUUCGUCGUCGCCAAGCUCGUCUCGGUGGCCAUGGCUGGCGACGACGUUCGCGAUUCCGAGAGCGAGCCCGGGAAGGGCGUCGAUCGCGUUUCCGUGGCGGAAGAUGUGAAGUUCGAAGAAGCGAGGUUGAGUUCUCGGGGCUCCGAGAGCGAGAAGGGAGUCGAGUUCGUGCAGGAAACUGCGGGUAAGGUCGAUCGGUUUGAAGAGGGGGCUGUUUCCGCGGAGGAAGCUGUUGAGCCAGUGCGACGCGGCGGAGAAAUUGGAGCAGAGCGUGACGAAGCGGUGGCGGAAUCAUCCGUGGCCGUUGAAUUGCCGGCUGUGUCAAAGGAGGAGGAGGAGGAGAGUGUCGGUGCAUCGGAGUUGAUUGUAGAGAAAGAAGGCGAAUGUCGUUCCGGCGGGGCCAAAGAAGACGAUCACCUUCCCUUGCUUGAAGGUAAAGACGAGGAGUCGCAACCUCAUGAGCCUAAAUGUUCGGAGACGGCGCGAGCAGAGCAGUCAGAGCAUGAACAAGAGCAAAUUGAUAAAGAAACAGAGGUUUUCGGGGUGGACAGUGACGACGACGACGGCUGGGAGGGGAUCGAGAGGAGUGAGUUGGAGAAGAAAUUUGCAGUGGCGGCGAAAUAUGUUGACCCUGCAAAUAUGGAUGAUCGGGUGGGGAGCGUCGGCGGCGAUGUGAAAAUGCAGCUCUAUGGGCUUCACAAAGUGGCCACCGAAGGGCCUUGCCACGAACCGCAGCCUAUGGCUCUCAUGGUCUCUGCCCGUGCUAAGUGGAAUGCUUGGCAAAGGCUAGGGAACAUGAGCCCGGAUGUGGCAAUGGAGCGAUACAUUUCUCUUCUAGCUGAAAAUAUUCCAGAUUGGGAAGUAGCAAGAACUACUGAUGAGAACAAAUUAGAUGUUGCCAUGCCUGGAGCUCAGGAUUGUAACUUAAGCACUAUUUCAUGCGAUCAGCUUAAGUGCACUAAUCUAAGGGAACCAUCAAUGGCAUCUGUUACUGGUCAAAUUGAUCCCAGUAAGGAUGAAAAUCAGUGAACAGGGUUAAAGAGUGAUUGGGAUUACAUUGUUCGUGUCCUUUGACUGCAGGGAAACUGGAUUUGCUGGGAGUUAUAUAGAUCGGCAGCCACAGUUUGAGGUUCUCCUUCUGUUAAUAUUAUCAAUUGUUUGUCUAGAUUGACGUCCACGAUUGUGUUUAAGAAGCUGCGCAUGUGGCACAUAAGCAUGUAUAUGGGUAUGUACAUAGAUAUGGAGUCUCGUUAAAACGGUCCUUAAAAAGGGUUUCUAUGC